GAACUACGGUGACAUGGCGUGAGUAAUCACUCUCUCCCAAAAAGCUCGCCUCACGCACUUACGAACACAGAAAACUAUCUUCAGAGUCCCCCUUCGCGGGAACAAAAAAAAAACCCUGGCGCCUUGAACCUGGGCGAAUCUCAAAAAACAUUAUAAAAUGCGUUUCUGUUCUUCUAGUAUCUCACUCCCAUGUCGUUUACAUUGCUCUUAGAUGCGUGGCUCGGUCGAUACUAAACUAUGCUCCUCAGUUUCACACUUAUAUUCAUGGGAUAUACAGUAUUACAACUUAUUUGUGACUGCAUUGCCGAGCUCGCUAGAGCACGGAGUGGGUCUGGGAGAUCCGAUUACGACUAUGGUUUUUACGGGCUUGGGAUGAGGGGGUUAUCUGUGGUUGUGUAUCCUUUUAUGCUCAAACUCCCACUCCAAGACAGCAUUCUUCCCCAAGCAGAUCGCAUACUCCUGAUCGCCACACUAUCGAAAUUUCAUCUCUCAGCCGCCAAUCCCCAAUACCAGGCUCAGCCCUACAGCCACCGCACGCCCUAGAACUCAACCUUCAUUGAUGCAAUCAACCGCGGACCAAAAGGUUAUCGGGCCAUCAUCUCUCUUGUGAUAAUCUGGCUCUGCUACACCAACAACCUCAUCUCCCAAGCCGGAGAAAUGCAAUCUCAAGGAAUUUCAAACAAUACCAUCAACUCACUCAACGCACGCGCAGGCAUAAUUAUGGGUCCUCCCAUCCAACACAUUCUCUCCCAAGGUUCUUUUCAACAACGCAAAAUGGCGCUCGGAUCUAUUCUACAAAUACCAGUGGGAUUUCUUUUCACAGCCGCGGGAAUAGGCCAUGCAGCCGGUCUUCAACAGCUUAUCUAUUCGCGGGGACUAUGCUACCACUAACCCCUCGAGUGCGCAACUGCACGAAACCCACAGAAUGUCAUGUUUAUGUCAAAUAACAUGUAUAAUUUAGAAGAUAGCACGUACCCUGAAAAUAAGACCAACA